GACCAGGGACGCUCCGAACUCCGCUGACAACAUCACAGCCAGCGGGACGAAAACAAUCAGCAGCUGGAGAGCCACGGGAGAGUAGCAGCCAUUCUACUGAAAUUAUAACAACACACAAAGACGCUUCUUUAAUUUAUAUAUUUUUUGCGUAGUAUGUGUGUGAGGGUCCCAGCCGUUCCGCGGACAGUAUCGGAGCGCACUGGUGGAAGAGCCACCUAGUUUCCAGAACCUGACUCUAACUUCGUAUCGUCUGACCUUCAUAGCGGUUUGCAGCCCACCCUCUCCGGGGUGUCUAGAGAUGUAGAGAUCAGCGUGAGGAGCACAGCCCUAUCUUUCCCAGCAGCACUUUCUCACCAAGAGCUUCCUCACUCUCUCGGGCUGGACUGCAGUGCGUCUGCGUCGGCUCGCCCUCCCCUCCCCCCUCGCCCCCCAGCCAUGGCCUCAAGAAUAGGGCUGCGGCUGCAGCUGAUGCGAGACCAGCUGCAGCAGGAGGAGCAGCGGGAGCGGCAACUGCAGCAGAAUGCGGCGCUGCAGUACAUGCAACAGCAGCGUAUGUGUGCCCCUGCUCCCAGCCCUGCCAUCAACGCUCCACAACACUGCCAGAGCAUGCAGGUGCCUGUGGAGGUCCUCAAGGUGCAGACUCACCUGGAGAACCCUACAGACUACCACAUUCGCCAGUCCCAGAGACAACAGGUGAAGGAGUACCUCUCCACCACCUACGCCACCAAGCAGACAGUACAUGCAGUAACAGGGGUGGUCCAACCAUCCCCUCCCCCUACUCUGGCCCCCCCCGGGGCCUCUUCCUCGGCCCCCCCUCCUCUCCACUCCCCCCGGCUCCGUACAGAGCAGCUCAUCACAGGAAACAGCGCCCCUAACAGCCCCAUGGCCAUGCUCAACAUCGGCUCCAGCCACGAGAACGAGGUACACGAGAUGGAUGAGGUCAUCGAUGACAUCAUCAGCAUGCAGUCGAGCUAUGAUGACAUCCAGCAGUACAUUGACCCUGUUCAGAUGUCCAACACACUCCCUCUGUCCAGCAGUCACCUGGACGUGUACACGGGCCCUGGGAUGACCGGUCAAUCCAUUGCCAUGACCAGCAACUCCUGUCCUGCCAACCUGGCCAUCAAACGAGAGCUGACGGAUGCAGAAGCCCGUGCGAUGGCCAAGGAGAGACAGAAGAAAGACAACCACAACCUGAUUGAGAGAAGGAGGAGGUUCAACAUCAACGACCGGAUUAAAGAGCUGGGCGGUAUGAUCCCCAAAACCAACGACCUGGACGUGCGCUGGAAUAAGGGCACUAUUCUGAGGGCUUCAGUAGAGUACAUCAAGCGGAUGCAGAAGGACAUGCAGAGGACCAGAGAGGUGGAGAACAACUUCAAGAGGAUGGAGAUGGCCAACAAACAACUGUGGCUGCGCAUCCAGGAGUUAGAGAUGCAGGCUCGUCUGCACGGCCUCCCCAGCUCCUCUCCCUCUGGGAUGGGUUCUGGUGACCUGAUGGGUUCCUACGUCAAACAGGAGACCAGCCCUGAGGAGAAGCUCCAGCAGCAGCAGGCUCAGGCCCAGGGCCAGCAACACCUCCACCACCCCCAGUCCCACCACCUCCAGCCUCAGCAGGGCCAGCUCAGGCAGCUGCCCCCUCUGCCCCCUCACCUCCAGCCCCAGCUUCCCCUCCAGUACUCAGCCGUGGGCAGCUCCCAGCCCUUUGACUUUGCCCAGUCGCUGGACUUGUGUGACGGGGUGCCUGGCUUCCCAGAGGGCCUGUCGGGGCUAGGGGAGCUGGGCGGCCUUGGUACCCAGGGAAGGAGAGGCGACCUGGGCUUCCUGAUGAUGGACGAGCCCCUGUCUCCUCUGGGUGGAGACCCUCUGCUCUCUGCCAUGUCCCCUGAGGCCUCGGUCGACUCCAGCCGCAGAUCCAGCUUCAGCAUAGAGGACACAGAUAUACUGUAGAUGGAGUAUACACACACACAUUGUAGAACCACACACAUAGUGUGUACACACACACACUGUAGAACCACACACAUAAUGUGUACACACACACAUAUGGUACGUAUUGUACACACAGUAGAAAUACACCCAGAACACUGAUAUACUGUGACAUGCUUAUGCUCUGUUCAACAACCCAGCCAGCAUACAUUUGCACUCUAAACUCUCACACACACACUCCAAGCAUGCUGUACAAACACUGAUACACACUUACACACACAAACUUGACAUUCUCAUAGAUGCACACGCUUUCUUAGCACUCGUAUAGAUACACAUUCAACAGCAAUAUGAGAAAUGAAACCAUGUUUCAGAUUGAAAUAAUUGUGUCCUACCACUGUAAAUAUCAGAGCACCUCUGAAUGAUAAACAAUCUAUUACAUACACACACACACACACACACACGCACACACACGCACAGCACAGACAGAUUCUAGUUCACUCUAACACAGAAGAGACCCUGUUAUUUGAAGGGUGAGGCACUGACAAAGGUUUGAGACACAGACCUCGACCCCUUACUUUGUAAAACACACUGGCAUGACCUCGAGUCUGCAAGCUACUGCCUUCUCCUGUGUCGCCUAUGACCUUUAGCCUUAAGGGUACUGCCAAGUCCACUCCAUGACCUCUGACCCCUGUGUGAACUCUGAACGUUGAGGAGAGAUGGUUUGGCCUUGAUUGUGAGGUGUUGUAGCGAUGCAAGGGGUUAUAUAGCUCCACAGGUUUCUAAGUAGUGCCACUGUGUAGCAUCAUAGGGUGCUAUGUAGCGACUCAGGAUCUCCUGUAGCCCUGACCCAAACCUGCCAACGGGCCUUGUGUUAGCCACCUGAAGACCCACUCUCUCUGGCUGAGAUGGAGGGUGGGAGAGGGUUGUCUUUUAGUAAGUUGUACUGUAGAGUUAGGAGAGAGAGGACCAGUCAUAGAGAUUGGCUUAGAUAACCCAGUAAUGUCAUUGUCUCCACUGUAACAAACAAACAAACACACACACACACACACAGCAGUGUGCCUUGAGGCUGUGUUCAAAUCAAGACUUUGAGCGAGACUUCGGUACUUCACCCAGUCUGUGCAUGUAGAACUGUCAGCUUUGGGUCAACCAGGUUAAACUAGACACUCACCAGGUACUAACCAAACCAACUCUGUAGAAACCAAACUACAGCUGUACAAUACAUAAAUAAACUAACAGGAAAACAAAUAGCUUUCAGAUUUGGGUGAGGGACUGAGGUCAACACUUUGAUUUGAUAUGGCUUAUGAUCAGUACAGAGAAAAGGAAGUCAAAUGAUGAUUUGAAAGGUAUUUGUCUGUAUUCUAUUAUAGUUUGUUGUUUUAUUUCAUUUCAUCUCCCAAUGCACUGGAAGCUAUAUUAUUUAAUUGACUUUGUACAUGAAAGACUUUUCAGUUUUAUGCCACUUAAAAUGUCUUUUAUUUGUAUUUGUCCUUUUUAUUUUAUUCCUAAAGUACCUUUUUCUCUAAUAGCCAUUUAAAAGUGAAAGUAUUCAAGCCACUUGCGUGACAGUGUACGACCAGUGGGGAGCCAUAUUCUAUACUUCUCUUUGUGGAAGAAUGAUUCAAAUUUCACCAGGCUUUGAAGAGUUUAGAAGAUCAUGUACAUUUACAGUAUGAUGUCAUUUUUAUAUUGAUUGGGAUUUUCUCUCUUUUUUAACCUAUAGAAAUUGGAGCCAGAGACUAAGUUGAGAGGUGAUUUUAUUUUAUUUGAUGAAGUUUUAAUUGUGAUUUUUGUGAAUGUGAAGAUGGCCUGUACCGGUACCAAGCCAAACCCAAGCACCACAACAACAGGGUAUUUUCCUUCAUGGUGCCACUUUUGACCCCGACUUUGGUUUCCAUUUAGACUACUUCCUUCUGAUGGAAGUCAGAACUACCAUGGAGGAGUUCUGUUGCCAUAGCGUUGGCACAGCCUUGAACAAACCUGACCUUCUCUCUGUCUGCCAGAGUUCCCCUUUACCCUGCUCCAAUGUUUGUAAUCAAUUGUUUUACUUUUGUGUAUAUUGUCCAGCCAACAUUUUAAAGAGCUUGUCUGCAGAUAAUGUGGCGUGUUGUCCCCUCUGUGACUGUCCCCCUCCCCCAUGUCACUGUAUUCGACUGAUUCUGGCCGACUGGUCAGGGGAAACUGGCAUUCUGGUUUUGCUUUGGAUAUAAAAUGUUUUACCAAAAUCCA